ACGUAUUUGAGUCAAAUGAGAAAUUUGAAUUAUAGAGAUUUGGUUGCCAUUCGGUGUAAGUGCUACUUGUCGUAAGACAAAAUGAUUGACAAAGUGUUUGUAAUAAUAGUUUUAGUGCCUUACGCCAUCAGCGAUUCCUGUAUGAGGUAUACGUUUGAAGAAGGCGACUUCUACGAUCGGUUUACCAGUAGAGGGCAGUGUAUCGGCUCGUUGUUCUGGGAAAUGGGACGAUACGAAGAUUUGACCUUAACUGGGCAACAUCCAAGCAGUACCUCUUUUAUUGCUCCUAAAACAGGCAGCAGUUGUGUGUCAUCAUUCAUUUUUCCCAUGGUCCCCGGAGGCAGGAUUGACAUAAGGAUUUAUAUGGAGGUAACGGACAUGCAGGAUGUGAUCAUGGGUUUUGCCAUGGAAGUAGAUGAAGACGAUGGAGAUAAAGUAGUAGGUAUGGUUUCGAAUUCGCCGCAAGAACCUGGCUUUCAGAGCCAGUGGAGGACAUUGACCAUGGCUGUGAGUGGUUUGACUCCUUAUGACGGCUACGUAUCCAUCAUGGGCAUGGCGCAUCCAGAUUCUAUUGUUUUAGUGGACUCAUUCCGCUACAUACCUCCGGGUAUGGAUGAAAGUUUAUGUCCUCUCUAUGACGACAAACCAGAUCCAACUACAACACCAGAUCCAACUACAACACUAGAUCCGACAACUACACCAGAUCCAACUACAACACCAGAUCCGACAACUACACCAGAUCCAACUACAACACCAGAUCCUACCACUACUCCGGAUCCAACUACUACAUCAGAUCCAACUACAACACCAGAUCCGACAACUACACCAGAUCCAACUACAACACCAGAUCCAACUACAACACCAGAUCCUACCACUACUCCGGAUCCAACUACUACACCAGAUCCAACUACAACACCAGAUCCGACAACUACACCAGAUCCAACUACAACACCAGAUCCUAGCACUACUCCGGAUCCAACUACUACACCAGAUCCAACUACAACACCAGAUCCGACAACUACACCAGAUCCAGAUCCACUACACCAGAUCCUACCACCGAUCCAACCACUGAUCCACCACUACAGAUCCACCACCACCUGA